AGAAAAAGCUACGGUCCAAGUUUGGCAUCCGGGUCAGUGGAUAUGUUGGUCUGUGAUUGUUGGACUGUUGUCGGGCUGUCGGUUGUUCAGGAUGCUGCUGGUUCUGUCUGAAGACCACAAAGAACACCUCGCCUUCCUGCCGAAGGUCGAGCCUGCAGUGGUCAGAGAGUUUGGCCGCAUAGCGCUGGAGUUCAUAAGAAGAGGAGCCAGCCCCAAGAUCUAUGAAGGAGCAGCCAGGAAGCUGGGUGUUCCUGUGGAGAUGGUGCAGCAUGGAGUGGAGGGCCUGAUGUUCCUGAUGACAGAGAGCUCCAAACACAUGAUCUCUGAAGUGGACUUCCUGGACUCAGUCUUGGUUUUGGGGUUCGGCGAAGAGCUCAACCAGAUCCUCUUACAGCUGUACCUGCAGCACCACAGUCAGAUCCGCAGCAUCCUGAGUCAGCUGCCCUCCAACCUGCCUGCCUACCACAGCCUGGAAUGGAGACUGGAUGUACAAUUGGCGAGUCGCUCAGUCCGUGAGCAGGUCAUUCCCAUGCUGACAAUCCAUCUGCUCUUGACGAAAGGUUCCGACAGCAUCAGCAGGGUUCUCCAGACAGACCCCCGCACCCUCCUGCACCUCAUCUCGACACUAGAGGCUGCUCUGGCCAGCAUGAAAACCAGUCACGCUCGCCGUAUAUUACGCAACAUCAAAUAACCCCCACGUUACUUCCUGUGUAACCCGUGUCUCCUGCCUCCUGCAAAACGUCACAUUCCUGCCUUUCUUGUAAAGAUGAAGCGGUGUUGAAGGUUUGUUUUUAUGCGCUCCACAAUGUUAAGAAGAAGGUUUUUUUGUCUAUCAAACUGGCAGAUGGUCAGCACUUUAUUGCCCUUGAGUCACGAUAUGUGCCAAACGAUAUUGACUGUAUUGUAUAUAAGCUUUCUAUGUAUUGAAGUGGAAGACAUUGCACUUGAAGUGUAAGAGAUGAAACACCGUUCUUGUGGUUUUUCAAAGCCACCAGUGUAAAUGGCAGGAAGGCCCUGACUUCAAGGAGUAAAGUACAUGCCUGUGACAACAUCUGACUGGAACAGCUUCACUGUAAUUAUGCAUAUGACAAUAAAGAACCUGAACAUGAUUACCACA